AUAGUAUAUAAGCCCGGAGGAGGAUUAUAUCUAUAUAUUAAUUAUAAUAAAAUAAAUAUAUUAAUGUAUAUAACAUUUUAUUUAAUCUUAUUUAAUCAUAAGAUAAUAGACCGGCUGAAAAAUAUUAAGAUACUUAUUAAGAAUAAGAUUAUUGAAAUUAUAUAUAAUAUUAGAUAUAACUGUAUAAGAGUUAUAGGUAAUGAUAUAUACAUAAUACUUUAUAAGCUUUUUGAUAAUACUUAUAUAAUAUAUUUAGAUAAUGUUCUUAUUUUUCUACUAAAU